CAAAACUAACACAAAUCCUGCGGCCCAAUAGCACUUUAGAUAGAGUCCUACAGCGGCGGCCGGGGACGAGGCAUCGAUCGCGUAUAUCGAUCAGUUGAUGGGCAAGGAAAAUACCGAUUGCUAAAGAAGCCUAUACGCCGCCGCCGGCUCUGUUUCCUUGUGUUGUGCGAGAGGAAAUCAACUGCGUCGCGCCUCCACCUUGGUGCCUCUCCUCCGGUUCAUGGCCGCCGCUUCUCUGACAAUUGCCAGUCGCCGUUUUGAUUUGAGAUAUUAAGGUCAAUGAUGCAUCGACAUUCACUCAAACAAAAAGAGACUAAUGAUGCAUUGCCAUUCCCUCAAAAUGAAAAGAGUAAUGACACAUUAGCUAUGCUGCUAUACGAAGGAACCACUGGCAUCACUCUUUUCUCUUUUGAUGGGAGCUGCCUCAAUGAUUUAGUGAAGGACUUCUGGACAUGCUUGCCACCACUUAGUUUGAUAGUAUCCAUGAAGUAUGAGAAGGUGCCCACCCCCAUUGACCUUGUUAAUGAGGCUAUUGACGAUCGUCUGUUCAGGAGGCUCACUAAGUUGUGUGGUUCUGAGAAGACAUUAGUUGUCGGAAGUGCUAAAUAUAAAAGAAUAAUUGAAACAAUACUGGCAAUAACCUAUUUGUGUGUAGAGGUUCCAGAUUCUGAGGUGAUAAUUCGCAGCCUGAAGAAUCCGAUGCAGUCAGUUAAGAUUAAUGUUGUAUUGGCUACGUUGCUAUACCAAGCACCGUCUGGCAUCGCAAUUUUCUGUUUUGAUGGAGAUUACCUCAAAGCUCCAAUGAAGGACUUUUGGGCAUGCUUACCACAACUUAGUCUCGUAGCAUUUAUAAAGCGGGAGAAGAUGCCGACCCCCAUUGACGUUACUAAUGAGGUCAUUGAUGGCCGCUUGGUCAAGAGGCUCAGUCAACUGUGUGGUUCAGGUAGAAAAUUAGUUGUGGGGAGUGCUGAAUAUAAAAGAAUAAUUGAAACAAAACUGGGAGUAACCUGCCUACAUGUUGAUGUUCCGGAUUGUGAGGUGAUAAUUUGCGGUCUGAACAAUCCCAUGUCUCCUUUAUUGCCUGAAAAACAGUUUGGGCCAGACAAAGAUUUAGAAUUAUUCUUACAUCAACGUGACUUUGAUAUCAAGCUCGAGAUGGUUGAUAAAUCUAUGAAGGAGACUGCUUAUCUCUUGCAUGAUAUUGAAUCAUGUGAAAAGAAGUAUUUGAAGUUCUUCCGACUUCUUCUAAAGGAUUUUAUUCUUACAUCUGAAAUUGACACCAAGGAUUGGGUUUUAAUCCAGUUUGCAACGGCUUUGAAGAUGAUAUGUUACCCUGGAGCAUGGUAUAAAGUCUUACCCCCUGAUGAGAUUUUCUCAUUUGAUGAGUGCUCAAAGAUAGAGGCUCAUGCAUGUAGAUAUAAAAGAAGGUUUUCAAAGAUUGAUGUCUUGUCUAUCUACAAACAUGUUGCUAAACUCAAUUCAAAAAAGUGCAUACUAAUGAUCAAAUUGGAUAUCUGGAUUUCGAAGGCUAAAGAAGCGCAGGAGAAGGCAGAUGUCAGAGAUUAAGCAACCAUCAUUUUUUGGGAAAACUCAAUAGGACUGAUUUAUGUACUGGCUCCAAAGUUUUAAAAAAAAGCUAGUAAUAUGUAGACGUGUUACCUUUCCGAAACAGAUGGAAACGUGUUGUCUCUCUCAGCAGGAAAUUAAUCUCCGCGGUCCGUCAGAGUAGGGAUGCUUCGAUCGUUAUGCUUGUGCUUCCAGUCCAAGGCAUGCAGGUUGGGCUGCUGCAAGCUAAGUGGAUAUUUGGAUAUAUGUUAGGAGAAACAUCUAGGAAUAUCACAUCCAGUGUCUCGCGUUGAUGCAUUCAGAGGUCCUUCCGAUGGGUGACGUUCAGUUGGAAUCACACGUAAACUGGAAAUUUCUAGCCAAGAGUCCAUUAGGAGUGCAUGGGACUGUCUACGUCCUCCAGUUUUACCUGCCUGUGGCGGAAGCUGCUUCAACACCGCCCGCUAGAGGUCAGUUGCAUGAUGAGUUGGGCGUGUCUAGUAGGAGUACGAGUUGAAAAUGUCGUGGCAACAUGAAUAAACUCAUUUGACCUGGCA